UGUUUGUUGACUGUUGUUAUAAUUUAAUUCGACGUAUGUUCAACUUCAUGACUUAGUUACUUUGAUCGGGUCAAAACUAACAUGAUUAACCACAUGAACUUCAAGGCAUAUAUAUCCUUGUGUCCUCUGGAAUCCAUAAUCCUGUUCAGGAACCCCGGUCUUUGUUUUCUGACUGAGAAGAUGACAUGGCUGGUUUUGGUGAAUGUCCUUGGCUUGAAAUUGUAGAAAGCAUUGAAAAUAUUGAUGAUGAAAACACAUGGAGCCCUCUCCUGCAGUGAUGAGAGUUCAUGUCUCUGUGACGAGCAUUUUAGGAGUAUCAUAACUGUUCCCAGGAGACAAGAGAAUGGAGUCUGUAAAUGUUGUUUUCCUUUCCUUCCUUUUUCUUUUACUUUGCUGUAGUGGCGUAGAUGGAAGCCAUCAGCUGUGGGGGGGCGUAGCUGAUGUCCCCUUCUCUCAUCCCGAUGAGUUUUUCCCCUUUGAAGGUCGUCCUGACAUGUUACAGCAGCAUGAUUGCUAUACAUUCAUUGUCAGCGUACUGGGGAACUUUGCUAGUGACCUGCUAGGUGGACUGGUGAGAUUGAAGUAUUUUGUCCUGUGGAUGGAAUACACUGAUUCCCUGUCCGACCUUGGCAGGGACCUGUCCUACAGUUUGGAUUCUCUUCUAAGCAGAGUUGAGACGAAAGUCAAGGUGGGCUUUGCUUUAAGCAAACACCAAAAUGGCCCACAUGCUAGCGCUUGGAGAUGGCAUGAAUGUUGCAAAAGCAGGGAGAUGUUCUGUAGAAAAUGUUGCCCAGGCAACAUCAGGAGCUGUGGUUCAGCAAAGAAUGGAAGAAGCUCUAGAGCAGCAGCAGUACGUUUGAGGAGAAGAACCAACAUUGGUUGUAAAAAGACUUCCUUUUCCAAAGACGAGGAUAUUUUGUCGUCAGCUGAAAAUCCUGAACCCUUGCAUCGCCCAAAGCCAGGGAAUUUUUCUGGACCCAAUUCCUAUAGGGAGAUGUGUUAUUUGACCUAUGAUUCACCUGAAAAGCAGAUUUGUUGUGGAGGUGUGCUCUUCAAUCAUAGAAAGUCUGUCUUCCGAGAGAAUCAUGAAGACGAUGUCCUAGCGCCACAGUGUUGUCACGGUAUUGGUUCUUUGCCAGGAGCCAAAGCUAUUGGUGAACUGCAGAGUCCACCUGAGGUCGAACCCUGUGAAUGGACACAGCAAAGUAAAACUCUUCCUGCUUGUUUCAAAUAUAUUUGGGACUUAAACAAGGGCAACGCUUCUUGCUGGAUCGAUGACCUGUCUUUAGAAUAUCCUCGUCUGCUUCCCUCCUCUGAGACCGGCCAGUUGGGUUUUCACAGAUGUACAAACGACCCAGACUCUCAUCUGCAUCUUUCUUGUGGGAGAGCAAUAUGCUGUAGUAGAGAAAAACGGUUUUGUUGCACAAAGUCCAGAUGGCCUGACGAAGCGUUUUCCCCUGUGAACAGAGUAAUAAGUGAAUCUGACAAAAUCAAUUCUACUCUCCUGAUGGGAAAUAUUUUCCCAAGUAAUGGGUCUUCUAUUCCAUCUAUUGAGUUAGGAACAUGCGCUGGCAAUAUGAUAUCUUUUGUAGAUAGUCCUUCUAGGAAAGCUAGAUGCUGGCUGAAAGAGAAACAGUUUUGUGAAAUCAAGUUGAAGGGUGUCAACAGCUCGGUAUUGAUUUGUCCUGAAUCAGACCAAUUCUUUUUCGGCUUACAUGCAGGGUAUGUUUAUGUAGUUGUAGCUUCAUGCCUACAAGCAUUCCUCUGUCUGUUUGCCGCUUCUGUUUGGAUAAAAGGAAUCUUGCCUCUGGUAAUGAAUUCGCCAGUUUUGCGAAAGAACAUAUUACAUGCAUGCAAGACACUGAAUUUCAACGCUCAAUGCCUGCCCUCUGUUGAUGAAUCCAGUACAGAGUAUUUUGAUGGUUUUGUGUGUUAUGAUUACAGCUUUGAUGUGCAAAGUUUGGCUGCUAAGGAUUACCUCAAAUGCUCAAAGGGUGACUUCCUUUAUGAGGUUUUGUACAAUUCACACCGUACUACUCCUGUGGUACAAAAGGAGUAUUUUGUGAACCCAGUAUUUGCCGUCGACCGUGUAGCUUCAUUCCACCCACUGUUAAGCGACCGUUCUGAGCUCGGUGGUGACUUAAAGUUCUUCAUUCCCUUGUCAGCAGCAGGGUUCAGGUACAUUAAGGAAAGCUCUCUGGUCUCCUGCGAUGGAUGUGGUGCCAGGCAUGAAAUGAGCGAGCUCACGUCUGCACCCUCCCACCCUCGCUACCAUACCCCAGCAGGAUGCUGCUUUGCCAGCAAGGAGAGUGGUACCCUGCCGGACUUGCCGAAACGUCCCAUCACGUUGGGCCCUCUAGCCAUUUCUGCCACAGCCUCAGCAACUAAUGCAACGGACCAUAAUGAGGAUCCUCUCAUUGAUGAAGGUCUUGGGUUGGAUGACAUACAGGAAGACGGUGCUCCGUCUGCUGCACAAAGUAGUGGGCAUGCAAGUGGUGGCACCACAGGGGCUAUUCCAUCUGCUAAGCCAUUGCCAUCUUCAUCUUCGGUCUCAUCAGCUAAGACAACAUCAUUAUCAUCAACAACAUCAUCAUCAUCAUCGUCAGCAUCAUUAUCAAUGUCAGCAUCAUCACCCUCAGCCUCAGCCUCAGUUUCAGCAUCACUGACUUCAGCUUCUCAUGCAGUGGCCGGACAAGGACAUGACUAUGAGUCGCAGUUUGGUCAGACAGCGGAGAGGCAACUUCUCCAGCGCAGCCGAAGUGUGUCGAAAAGCAGCUCGGCGUCCUCGGGCUACAGCUCGGCAUCCUCGGGCUACGGCUCGGAACCUGACAUACAGGACAAAGUCUAUCAAGAUUGGGCUAACAAUAUGAUCCGACCAGAGGCUUUGGAGACGAAGAAGAUGACACACCUGGAGUGUGUGAGAGACACCAGCUGCGACAGAAAUGACCAUUUUGGCUACAUCAUGGCCCAGAAACUGCAGUUAGUACAUCUGCCUGACGCAGUGAAAAGCCUGGAGGUGAUCACUCUGCUCCGCCUCUUCUACAAGCUGGUGGUGCGCGUGGUCGUCAAGACUUCACGUGCGAGGAGCACUGGCGGUUUCAUCAUUGGUUCCGGAUAUGUUUUCUUGUGGGGGGAGAGUUCCAAUGGGGACACUGAGUCGCGGCCCCAGAAUGGAGCCUCCUCUUUCAAGUGGCUGAAGAAGCAUGUGCCCUCUGCUUUACGGAAACUUCCCGGGGAUGUAUCGAGGAUAUACAUCCAGACUCACAGGCAUGUGGUGCAAAACAACAAAGAAGCUUCUGAUACCAAAGUGGAGUUCCAGUUCUUCCAUGGAAGUCGUAAGAACGUCAUCUCCAUCUCUGGCGAAGAAGUGCUGCACAGCAAAGUACCGGGGGACGACACCUCUAUUUUGGUGUGUCGAACACGCGAUGUGCAGCUGUGUGUGAAUGUGAACAGGUGGCGACAAGAGUUUUUGGAUUAUGCUGCAAAUUUGCCGGCACAUGAUAAAGAGGCGAUGAUGAGGACUGUUCUGACCGUCUCCCACCCUCACGGUGCCCCCAUGGUUGUGUCCCAUGGUAUAGCAGACGAGAGGCUGUACACAACAGAAGAAAUGCCAGAUGGACGCUCAAGAGUCGUACAAAUUCCUGCAGAAAGAGCAUUGUCAAGCUCUGGCAUGGUGUGGAAGAUUUUGGCUUACACGGCGUGCACAUGUGAGGGAAGCAGUGGGGCUGCGAUUCUCCGCUACCAAAAGACGGGCGUGGAUGCUGGAGGCAGGGACAUUCUGGAGCUUGGAGUGUGGAUGCACAGUGGAGUCGACAAGAACGGAUGUGGGGUUUCUGUUCUCAAAGUCUGCCAAGCUUCAGAUUUCGAAAUUCUCCGUCAAAGACUGAUCAGUGAGAGGAACAAGAGACAGACCUCGGGUUCAUCCUCAUCAGGCAGCUCCUCCAACCCUCAGCGACCUGUGAAACUGAGCGUGAACGGAAUGAACAACCCAAACUUUGUGCUUUAUCGCACCCGACUCGAGACGUACUCAACUUUCCCGGAGCAUGUCAAACAGUUCCUGAACCCUAAAGAUCUUGCUUUCGCAGGAUUCUUCUUUGCAGGGUAUCAGGACUGUGUGCGAUGCUUCUGCUGUGGCCUUGGCCUUAGAAGUUGGCGACCAGGUGACAAUGUGUACCGGGAACACAAGAGACACAAAGCGGACUGCAAGUACCUGAAGGCACAGCUGGCUGUACUGGGCCCAGACAUUCUGUCGGACACCAACUCUGGUUCUCUGCGUAACUACACAGACCUCCCACGAGACGGGCAGCCGGCUCAGACAGAAACACCAAACACCCCAGAGGAAGCGAACCUUCAAGUCAGCCUUCCGCCGGAAGGUGCUGUUAUGUCAGCAGCUGACAUGUCCACAGGCACAGAGCAGCGUCCACAUUCCAUCGUCCCAGUCUCUGGAGUUGCGGUUAGUCGGACACCGCCCGUGUCGCUGGCCAUAGCCAAUUGUGUUGGCGCGACUGCUGGGUCACAUCCAAACCAAGCACCUGGAUGCAUAGAGAAAUCAACACAGAAUGUCUCCCUACUGAAAGUUCUUAAAAAGGAAAACGAUUUACUUCAGAAGCAGUUCCAGUGCCGUAUUUGCUUACAGCGCUCGGUCAAGGAGCUCUUCUUGCCCUGCGGAGAUCUCUACACUUGUUCCGCUUGUGCUAAGAUCCUGACCCAUUGCCCCUGUGGCGAAAAAAUUCUUGCCACUGUAUCAACAUAUUUUGUCUAAAAGUUCUCUCGAAUUGAGUUUGUAACAUCUUGAAAUGAUAUUUUAGAACCAAUCCAGAAGCUGUACACUCCAUUUUAGAACUGGUUAGCGUUUUUUGUUUUUAACUGGAGAAAAAAAAUAAUCGAGCGAAAGGACAGAUUUUGUCAAUUUGUCUCAAAUUUCACUCACAUUUGAGUGUACAAAGAAAAUCAAUUUUCAGUCAAAUUUGAUUGCCUCCCAGAAAAUUGAAGUUUUUAUUUGUAAUGAGGCCGCAGGACUUUCAUAACAACUUUUGAGACGCAUGUUUUCGUUAAAGACUUGCUCAGCCUGUGAGCACUUCUGUGGUAGUUUCAUUCUGUUGAUGAUUCAUCAGUAUAGUUACAUCCCCGAUCAGUCCAUCACACUUGGUGUAAAUCCAUUUAUUUUUCCUCGAGUGAUCUUGGGAAAUGUAAACAUCUAAUAUAGCAAACCCUUAAUAAUGUAUUAACAUGCCUUAAUGGCAGUUCCUCAUUCUAGAUUCAUUAUGGGUGAUUCAUCAUUAUUGACAGUAACCAACUGUGUUAUUAAGUAACAGAUAUCUUAACAGUCUGAUUGAUUCAUUCAUGAAUGAGAGGUACUGCUACCGUCAUUUAGUAGCAGAAAUCUAAGUCGGAAAUUAUACCUCUAAUUUGAACAAGAGUUCAGUUUGGCUUUUUUUUUCUACAUUUUUUUUCUUAACUAAGUGACAACUGAAUUUUGCGGACAGAUGUGUCAGGCGUAUAUACAGUUUUUAACUAUGAAAUGAAUCCAACUUUCCUGUCUUUUGGUGUAUUUUAGGGUCUGUUAGAGAUGAAACACUCAGAGGAAUUUCCAAGACGUGUUAACGUUCAUAAGGGAUUUGUCAAUCAAGUCCAGACUUGAAAAAAUGAAAAUGCCUUUACAAAACGAAUACCCAGGUUAUACAUCAUUUUCUCCAGCACUGCUAUAGGAACUUCCAAUAAGACAGGCCAAACCAUUGAAGGAAGGAAGGAAAGGAAGGGGCUAGGGGGUGCAGAGAAGGCAAGGACAUGAUAUGAUGAUAAUGAUUGUAGACUUGAUCAUGACAGGCUCAUUCUGCUGUACACAGUUGGGUGCAAACUUGAUUUGUCACGUGAAAGUCCAGGGGGUUCAAGUCCAAAUUAUUUUCAUUUAUCUAUCCUGAAAUUUUCGUCUUCCUCCCUCUUACCUUUGAGAUCAAGUGAAAAUGACUUUCCUCAUUUCAAAAAGGCCUUAAAAGUUCAAUAGAACCAGUGGUGUUGCUGGGCUAGGGUAGGACCUGUGUGUGGUGUGAAACUGAUAGAUUUUUAAUGCAGAAGAAUCUAGGCAGUGAGGUGGUGCUAGGUUUGGAGCCAAGGUUUCCGUAGCUAUGUGUGCCUCUAGACUCGUCCUUGCGACAGUCCCAAGCCUGUAAAACUCAGAGGGCAAAAUUUGGUCACGUCAUUUUGGUAACUCACUAUCGGAACUGACCAUAUAUAUCACAGUGAACACUUUCUAAACUUCUUCAGAAAGAAACAAAAGAAGGUUUCUUGAAACGAAUUUGGGGAUUGCAGAAUGAUGCCUAUGAAAAUCCCCCUCCCCCCCCCUUCCCCAAAUUCGUUUCUUGAGAUCCGGAGAUAAAGCCGUCAUUUGAAAUAAGAUAUUAAGGGACAUCUUAGCCUGCCAUUUGGAAUACAAUCUUGUAUAAAAUCAGGUAAGCUGCAACUUUGACCCAAUUUGAAAAAGAGCCUGUAGACUCAUUUCUUUAACACCGGGUCUUGGAUAUCGACUUUUCUCAUUUUUCUUGUUCCCCAUUUCCAUCUAUUUAACUCAUAAUUUCGAAUAAACUGCAAAUCUUUCUUUCAUUUUCUCAAAACUUUGGAAAAAUGACUCUGAUGAUGUGCAUUUUCGAUAAGUGCUGGCAAAGGAUGUGAUUAUUUACUGUAUCUUUAACCAAAGGUCUUUCAUGUUGUUUUUCGUCUUUUUGUUCUUGUCUUUUCCAGUUUUGUGCUGGAAACAUGAAAUUGCUGUUGUUUUGGGCGGGGGGGUUGUCAGGUGGUUGUUUUUUUGAGUUGCCUACUCUUUAUUUUGGUAAAAGAUGAUUUGCUGCUCAAUAUGAUUUCAAAUUACAAUUCUUUUGCAUUCUUAGUGAUCUCAUCCAGAUUUAUGUUCCAUCUAGAUCACUAAGAUCAGGCGAUCAGUAUCUUUUUAGGGUUCCUAGAAAAGGGGGUAAAAAAAAAAAGUAAAAUAAAA